AUCGUGUUGAUCAGUUUUCCAUUCCCCAACGUUAUGAGCAAGGUCUUCGUGGCUGUGGCCCUCGGGCUCAUGCUGCUCAAGCUGCACACAUGGGUAGCGAUCGUCCGUCUUCACUCGAGUCUUGCGCUCAACGUGCUCUACUUUAUCUUCACCGUGCUCAUGUUCUGGAGCUAUUGGCGCGCCAUGUGCACUCGAACGGUAAACAAAAAGCCUAUUAAUGAUACAGGGCGAGUGAGUCGUUACUGCGAACGCUGCGACGCCGACAAAGCCGAUCACGUACACCACUGCUCAGUAUGUCAGAGGUGUGUGUACCGCAUGGACCACCACUGCCCCUGGACAGGGAAUUGUGUGGCUUGGAACAACAAGAAGUUCUUCUUGCUCUUCCUGGUCUACACGUCGCUGAGUUGCCUGGUAUUCAACAUCAUGGUGUCCCCGAUGGUUUGGGAUGCGAACUUCCACCGCCAUGAAGUACUACUCAAGUUCGGCUGGGUCAUGACGUUGGGUGUAGGAAUACUAUUAGCUGGAUACUUUAUUUUCCACCUGUGGUUGCUGCGGGAAGGCAAGACGACGCUCGAGUUUUUGGCGAGCAAGAGAGGAGAGUUAGCGGACUGCAGCUUCACGCAUAAUGUGACGAUAUAUUUCGGUCGCGACAAGUGGAGCUGGUGGCUUCCCACGAUGCCAGUGCUGGACGCUGAAAUGGGAGGACGAAGGGAACUUAGUGGCGAUGGAGAAGAAACACUGCAGCUUGUGGUGGAAUAGACUAAAGAGAUUAUGAACUUGCCAUGCUUACUGGAGUACAUUUCGUUUCUUCCUCCAGCGGCGUUAUUGUCACAAAACAUUGUGGCUCGCAUUUCCUCGCCGAAAACAUUAAAACAAGAAUUAGACGGAUGGUGCUUCAAUAAGUAUCAAACAAUAACGUCUCGCGUGAGAUUAUGAAUGUUCUCACGAUGGUGCAGCCGCUCUGCGUGAUACUUAAGGUAACUUAGUAUUCGGUGGACGAUGAUGACUUGAAGGAGACGAGAUCGAAGACCACCAGCACUUCAAACUACAACAUCCUUCCACAAGAGAUCACUCGAGUACAAAUGUGUCAAAUGGAAUUAGGAAAACAACUUGACAGAGCGAGUUUUGCCUACUCCCUCGCUCGGGUUUACUAACUUUUAUCUGAUUGACCUCAGACGUGUUUUUUUUUUCGAUUGACGAUAAUGAGAAGGAACAUAUCGCGGCAGGAACAAUGGAAAAUCUUUUACCAGUUGUGAAAAAUGAGACUUAUCCGCGCUGUUGGUACGGUUAAAAAGAAUGUAUUUGCCAC